AUGCCGCCAUCGGACCGCAGCGCUAUCAAUCGCCGUUCCUCUACGCAGCACUACCAGACUUUUGAUACCCCGCCCCCAAAGUCGCGUGGGCGGCCAAACUCCGGUCGAUCGGAAUCCUCCGGUGAUGGCUCGCACGACCCGCACCACGAUGACCACGAUCAUGAUGUGAAAUCACCGUUGCCAAAGAAACAGAUGGCUGUGUUGGCGAUGAUUGCGCUCGCCGAGCAGACCGCACUCAACUCCAUCAGUCCUUAUCUUCCGGAGAUGGCCUCCGCUUUUCCCGAAGUGGAAGCUAAUCAGGUGGGUGUCUAUGUGGGAACUAUCGCGUCGGCAUUUGCUUUGGCACAGUUCGCAACAAAUUAUUUCUGGGGUUGGCUGUCAGACCGCAUCGGGCGCAAACCGGUCAUCCUUCUGGGAACGUUUUUGACUGCAUUGUGUUUCGUUGCGUUUGGAUUCUGCAAGACCUUGGUACAAGCCAUCGCGGUGCAAGCUAUUAUGGGGGUGGUCAAUGGCAACCAGGGAUUAGUGUCGACUUGCCUGGGCGAGAUUACCGACCGAAGCAACCAAUCACAGGCCUUUACAUAUCUGCCUGUCCUCUACGGGGUUGGAGGCAUCACAGGCCCUUUGCUGGGAGGGAUGCUCAUCUUCAAGCGCAAUCCGUUUACAGGCAACCCUAGCCAAUACCCGUACCUCGCUCCGAACAUCAUUUCCGCUAUCAUACUUCUUGUCGAUUUUGUCCUAACAACGGUCUACCUGGAAGAAAGCCUGGAAGAUGCGGAUGUUCUUCCCAAAUUUGGCCGGCGUAUCCGCAGCUUCUUCGCGUGGUUUUGGCAAUUCACUGGAUUCUCUCAGCGACCGACAUAUGUUCGAGUUCUCUCCACACCGCAUUCUGAUGCUCACCGUAGCACUGCUGACGCUGAAGAGCAUGACAGUGAUCUGGACUCUGCCUCAGAGGUACCCACUGAACCUGACCAUCACGAAGAAUUGACUUGGGAUGAUAUCUUCACUCGUGACACAAUCCUACUUUUAUUGACUUACUUGAUCUUUGCAUUCUGCAAUGUAUCAUUUAAUUCUUUGUUCCCCAUAUUUGCGCAAGCACAACCCCCAAUGGGGCGCCGCCUUACGCCUUCUGAAAUUGGGCUGGCGCAGGGAUUUGCUGGUGGUGUCAUGAUACUGUUCCAGAUCGGGAUCUUCAACCGCCUUCGUGAUAAGAUGGGCAACCGUUGGUCAUACCGUGCUGGUCUUUUCGGGUUUGUGCUUUCAUUUAUUCUGAUGCCUUUCAUUGGAUACAAGAGCGAAUCCGGUAAAGGGCUCACCCGCCAAUCAGUGUUCCUGGCGAUCGAGCUUUGCGUUGUCCUUCUGAUCAAGACUGUCGCCUCAGUGGGUGGUCUGACCAGCUCUUUGCUAUUGAUUACAAACUCUGCUCCCAACCACGCCGUUCUUGGUGCACUCAACGGCCUUGCUCAGACUCUGUCAGCGGCUGGUCGCGCGGUGGGGCCAUUUUUGUCCGGCGGGCUGUUCUCCUUGACAUCUAAAAUCCAACCAAAGGGUGAGGCAAUCGCGUUCGGUGUCUUUGGUGCAGUCUCCUUUGUUGGAUUCUUACUGAGCUUCGGUAUCCGCGGUCGCUCACUCGAAGCAAGUGGAUGGACUAGUGACAGCGACGAUGCGAAUUACAAGUCGGAUGACGAAGAGCAAAAUGGCUCUUGA